GAGACUGCUGGGUGUGUCAGACUCACAGGGCUAGAGGAAGAGACAGACAGGGCUUCCAGCACAAGGCAGGACCUGCUGCUGUCUCUUCUGGACCAUGGGGGAUGUAAUAUCGAGUCACCUGGAUGAAAGCAGACGCCACUAUAUCACAGACUGCACAGGAAAACUGCUGACCGAAUUUGGGAAAAUCUACGAGGAGCAGUAUGGAGUUGCGCUGUUCAGUAGCGUACGCUACGAGAUUGAAGGCAACGGAGGCCCUCAAACACAGCUAUUGCAUCGAAAGGUUCCUCUUAAAGAUCGGGUGAUAUUUUCAGGGAACCUUUUCCAAUACCUGGACGAUACCAAGAAAUGGAGGAAUCGGUUCUGCCUCGUUCCUCAUCAUUAUAACCCUAUGCUUUACGAUAACAAUCUGGCAUAUGAACGUGGCCUGCAGCCAAGGGUUGGCAUCAACUGCGCCGGGUACAAGGUCCUGACAUCCUUGGAGCACUAUGUUGAGUUACUGAACGCCAGUGUACCAGGUGGGAAGGUGAAGGCAGGCAGCGGGCAGAUGAAAUGCGCAACUCAGUUCCCAGUGAUCCUGUGGCAUCCGUACUGCCAGCAUUAUCAGUUUUGUGUGAUGAAUGAACGCGAACAAGACAAGUGGAGCGCCGUAUUCCAGGACUGUGUGCGCCAUUGCAAUGACGGUAUCCCAGAGGACCCUCGGGUGGAGUCGGCAGCAUUUACAGACUCUGUUCGGCUCUACAGACAGGCGCGGGAUCACUAUGGGACCUGGGACAUGCUUUGCGGAAACCAAGUGCAGGUCCUCAGUAACCUGGUGAUGGAUGACCUCAUUCCCGAUCUCAAAAACGCCAUUUGUCCAAAGCUGAGGGGGAAGCCCCAGGAGAAGCAGAGAUCUUGGCUUAUGAUUUCAGACACCGUGUACAGAAUGGUGCAUGAACAGGCACGACAAUUUUAUGAAGGGCUGGAGAUGAGAUGCACGGAAAAGAGGGCAGAAAUGGAGAGUCAGAUCCGAACUGAUAUGGACCAAAUUAUUUCAUGCAAGGAACAUGUAUCCAACAAGAUCCGAGCUUCCAUGUUGCCAAAAGCUGAGCUGUGUGUGAGGAACCAUGUACAAUCUCACAUUCCAUCAAUCCUGGAGGCCCUUAUGCUGCCAACCAGCCAGGGCUUUUCCGAGGUUCGAGAUCUUCUCUUCAAAGAAAUCACGGAAAUGAACAUGAACUUGGUGAACGAGGGAGGGCGAGACAAACUGGGAGAGCACAUGGAAAAGGUAUCACAGUUGGCCUAUCACCCUGUGAAGAUGCAGCCCUGCUACGCAAAAAUGGAUCAGCUAAAUCUGGAGGGUCUACAGCAGAGGUUUGAUGUGGGAAGUCCAUCUGUUUUCAAACAAAGAGCUCAGAUCCUCAUGAGAGAGCAAACAGACAAUGCAGUCUUCACAUUUGAGCAGAUGGUGCAUCAGGAACUCAACAAGCCUGAAGGAGAAAAGAACGUUUGUAGAGAUAUCCAGCGGAUAUUAGAACGCGUUCUGAAGAAAUAUGACUAUGACAGUAGCAGUGUUCGGAAAAAGUUUUUCCAACAAGCAUUGCUGCAAAUCAUCAUCCCAUUCCUGCUGAAGAAACUGGCACCCACUUGUAAAUCGGAGCUACCCCGUUUCCAAGAACUUAUAUUUGAGGAACUGUCACGAUUUGUGCUGGUGGAGAACAUUUAUGAAGAGGUUGUGUUACAGAGUGUGAUGAGGGACAUUGUGCAGGCGGUCAAGGAAGCAGCAGUUCAGCGCAAACACAACUUGUACAGGGACAGUAUGGUGAUGAACAACAGUGACCCAAACCUACACUUAUUAGGGGAUGAGCCAUCCAUUGAUUGGAGUGAGCAGUAUGCUAAUCCUAGUGAACCCUCGUCUGAAGGCCGGUAUGGUAGAAGCAGGCAGGUGGUUUCAAUUAUCCAAGAGGAUGAAGGUGUUGAGUCAAUAGAGUCCUGCCAGGAAGCACCAGCUAAUAGGGUUAUCCCAGAAGAACCAGAGAUCAAUGACGUUGCCAAAAUCCGAGGUAUGCUGGUGAAAGAAUUUGACGUGGAAGUCCCAGCCAAAGAUGUCCAUGUUGAACAAAUAUCAAAGGCACCAGUGGAAGAAGAGGUUAUCCAGACACAAGAAGAGCUAAGACCUGUUCAUGAUCACCGGUCACAAGGAGAAGAAGAAGCUACACAUGAAGAGACUUUCUCACAAGCUCAACAGAUGACACAUGAACAUGAAGCAGAUUAUACCAAGACAAGAACAGCAGAUGAAGUGGGGUUUCAGAGCAAUGCACAAGAUCCCCAUGGCACAGCUGAAGAACCAGAAAAGCCUGUUAGGGGCUACCAAGAAGUUUCAGAGGUUUUGAACUCUAACAACCAAUCACAUGAUACCAGGCAAGGGGAGGCAGAAGUCGUGGCACACGAUGAUCAAGAGGUGGCAAAUUACGUUCAUGCGGUGGCCAUGGAUGCUGUAGCACAUUAUGUUCAAGAGGUGGCACGGGGUGAUCAAGAGUUAACACUGGAUUAUAUAUCACAUCGGCAUCCCGAGGAGACACCAGAAUACUGCUCCUCGCAACAAGGUGACAGUACACAAUGCAGUGCUAUGGUCUCACCUUGUCAGAUGCAAAGUGACGUUAUUAACAACCUUAUUAUCCCUUCAGAAACAGAGAAGCAAUCCUUACCUGCACAAGUCGUACGUUCCACGCCAGAUGACAGCGGGUUUCAGUCUCCGAUGAGCGAGGAGGAAGAGGAGAGUGAGGGAUACAGAGAAAUUCCAGUGCCCGCUCCACGAAAGAGAGACGAGAUCAUCACCCCGUUCUGAGCCCUUCAGAUUUGAGACUUUUGGAGGUUGUGUAAAAUGAACUCCUGUGGUGGGGAGACGCAACACCGGAUUCUCCCUCGAUUGGCAAAACAAACUACUUUUAUUUAAA